AUGAAUAUCUCUGACGAACAACGCCAAUGGUUAAAUAACCUGCGUUUUCUAUCAGUAAGGUUUUUAAAGCCAGAUAAAGGGGGUGGAUUAGUGGUCUUUGACGACUCUCAAUAUAAGGAGAAAAUGCUUGAGAUUCUUACAUCCCAGGCUUAUGAAGAUUCCUCCUUAAAUGAGAUUAAUGUAACUCAAGGUCGUAUCAGGGGAUAUUUCCGUGACCUUUUUCUUGCAGGCAAAAUUGAUUUAGAUACAUACAAUUAUAUUGACAUCAUUACACCAAAGUUGCCUGUAAUGUUUGGAAUACCAAAGAUACACAAAGACCAAAAAAACCCCCCCAUGAGGGCACUAAUAGACGAUUCAAAUAACUGUUUUACAUGCACAGCAGCCUACUGGCCUAAUGAGCAGCAAGAUGCUUGUAUCCAAAAAAGUACAGACUUUCUCACAUUUGAUGAACCCUUGGGGAAAACUCUGGCUGCACUGUGUACAUUUACAGCAUUUAUACCUGCUGCCAUUUUGCUUAUUUUUAUUAAAAAUAAAAACACUCCCAUUGUAAAGGCAAACAACCGGGAACUUAGCUAUCUUCUUUUGUUUGUACUCAUUCUCUGCUUUCUUUGUUCCUUACUUUUCAUUGGACAACCAACAGCUAUAACUUGUCUUCUCCGCCAGGUGGUUUUUGGAAUUAGUUUUGCUCUCUGUGUCUCAUGUGUUCUAGCAAAAACAAUGAUGGUCAUCAUAGCAUUCAGAGCCACAAACCCAAACAGUAACCUGAGACAGUGGGUGGGGCCUAAAUUGCCCAAUGCUGUUGUGUUCACCUGCACUUUAUUUCAAGUUGUGAUUUGCUCUGCUUGGUUGGCUAGCUCACCGCCAUUUCCAGAACACAACAUGACAUCUCAGAAUGGGAUUAUCAUCCUCGAAUGUAAUGAAGGAUCCAAUGUGGCUUUCUGGUUCAUGUUGAGUUAUAUGGGGCUUUUAGCUGUAGCUAGCUUUGCUAUGGCCUUUCUGACUCGGAACCUACCUGAUAGCUUUAAUGAAGCCAAGUUUAUCACAUUUAGUAUGUUGGUUUUUCUCAGUGUCUGGCUGUCAUUUAUACCAGCAUACUCGAGUACAAAAGGCAAGUUCUUGGUAGCUGUAGAAAUAUUUGCAAUAGUGACAUCUAGUGCAGGCCUGCUUACCUGUAUUUUCAUUCCUAAAUGUAUAAUUAUUCUGUUAAGGCCUGAAAAUAACAGCAAAGACUAUUUAAUGAAAAGGGCUAAUAAAUAA